GACGCAGCACAUCUGCACUUCACAGCGAGGCGUGGUCAGUCAGAGAACAGGUGGAGCAGCUGCAGGAUACCUUCAUUUCCUCCACAUUCACACAGACAGACAGACAAGAUGCCAAAGUGCCCAAAGUGCCAGAAGGAGGUUUACUUCGCUGAGAGGGUGUCAUCACUGGGAAAGGACUGGCACAGACCAUGUCUGAAGUGCGAGAAGUGCAACAAGACGCUGUCAGCUGGCUCACAUGCUGAGCAUGAGGGAAAGCCAUACUGUCACAAUCCCUGCUAUAGUGCACUGUACGGACCUGGAGGAUUCGGACGCGGCGGAGCCGAAAGUUACACAUAUAAAUAGACAGGUUCGGACCCCGCACUGAAAAUGUUGCCUGGAAACUAGAUGGAAGCUUGCUCAGAAGUCACAACAAAAACCAGCAAACAAACUGUGCUUUCAUCCAGAGGAAACAUUUUGUGUGCCCAUGCUUUUAUUUUAUGGGUUUAGAUUCUGUUUUCUGAUUUUGCACUCCCACCAUGAAAUGGUUGUCCUCUUCUCUCGUCCUGACAUUAAAGCGGGCGAUCUGAUUAAACGCUUUGUAAAACUUC